CCUGAUCGAACAGCAAGCAAGCACACCUCAGCGAUGGUAACUGUUGGGGUGUCUUCUCCUGUGCUCUGGGACUGGCGCUCCCGGCAAGCGUGCCCGUCGCCCGAAUCGCUGCGAGUGCACAUCUGCCAUUGUCCACGGAUGGACAGCAUCGCCUUUCAGCGGGCAGUCGUUCGCGGGAUCUGCAUCCGCAUCUGCACCCCCCAUCUGCAUCUGCACCCCAUCAGCACCGCUCUGCCGGUCACAUCUCUGCUUGCUACGAUACUCUUGCUGACGCAUCACAAUCUUGCUCUCAAGGGUAAUCAACAAUCUGGUUUGGGCGGAUUUCCUGGAGGUCCUCCAGGCUCAGGAAAUGGCAAGGACGGUGACCAGAGCAAGAAGGAGCAGAAGAAGAAGUGGGAGCCACCGAUCCCCACUCGUGUCGGCAAAAAGAAGAGAAAGGGACCCGACUCGACAUCGAAGCUGCCUCCCAUCUUUCCCACCACACGCUGCAAGCUGAAGCUGCUAAAGAUGGAGCGUGUGAAAGACUAUCUUUUGAUGGAGGAAGAGUUUGUGCAGAACCAAGAGCGUCUCAAGCCGCAAGAGGAGAAAACACAGGAGGAGCGCUCUCGGGUCGACACUCUCCGUGGCAGCCCCAUGCACGUCGGCUCGCUGGAAGAGAUCAUCGACGACGACCACGCCAUCGUCUCCGUGUCGGCCGGCUCUGAGUACUACGUCAGCAUCAUGUCCUUCGUCGACAAGGAUGUACUCGAGCCCGGAUGCGCGGUUCUGCUGCACCACAAAGCCCUCUCAGUCGUUGGUGUGCUGGCCGACGAUGUUGACCCCAUGGUUAGUGUCAUGAAGCUCGAGAAGGCGCCGACAGAGUCGUAUGCGGACGUCGGUGGUCUCGACCAGCAGAUCCAGGAGAUCAAGGAGGCUGUCGAGCUUCCACUGACCCAUCCAGAACUCUACGAGGAGAUGGGCAUCAAGCCUCCCAAGGGCGUCAUUCUGUAUGGCCCCCCCGGCACCGGCAAGACUCUUCUGGCCAAGGCUGUCGCCAACCAAACAUCAGCAACAUUCCUUCGUGUUGUUGGCUCCGAGCUGAUCCAAAAGUACCUCGGCGACGGCCCCAAGCUCGUGCGAGAGCUUUUCAGAGUGGCUGAAGAAAACGCCCCCUCGAUUGUCUUUAUCGAUGAAAUCGAUGCUGUUGGAACCAAAAGAUACGACUCGACGUCGGGUGGCGAGCGAGAGAUUCAGAGAACGAUGCUUGAGUUGCUCAACCAGUUGGAUGGCUUCGACUCUCGCGGCGACGUCAAGGUUAUCAUGGCAACCAACCGGAUCGACUCGUUGGACCCCGCUCUGAUCCGACCCGGCCGCAUUGACCGAAAGAUCGAGUUCCCCCUACCCGAUAUCAAGACCAAGCGCCGCAUCUUCCAUAUUCACUCCAGCCGAAUGACACUGGCGGCUGACGUCGAUUUGGAAGAGUUCAUCAUGUCCAAGGACGAUCUCUCGGGCGCCGAUAUCAAGGCCAUUUGCACAGAAGCGGGUCUCCUCGCUCUGCGUGAGCGACGCAUGAGAGUGAUUGCCGACGACUUCAAGAAGGCCAAAGAGAAGGUGCUGUACCGCAAGAACGAGGGAACGCCAGAAGGUCUCUACCUCUAAGCAUAAGCACGUUGGUGCUGGUCUCAGCCGGCCGCGCCGCCGCUCGUGGCCAAUAUACUCGGGAUAUUGCGACACUGGGAUUAUGACAUCGCGUGUUGUUGUU